CACCAGCAACAACAGCAGCAGCAUCAGCACCAGCAACUCCAGCAGCCCACGCAACAUCUGCAGCAACUGCAUCAUCAUCCGCACCACCACCUGCCUCAGCCCCUGCACACCAACCAUCAUCACAGCGCGCAUCCACACCUGCAGCACACGAUCGUCUCAUCUGCCACGGUUGCAUUGUCGACGCCAUCUUCGGUCCUCCACCAGCAGCCACAGCAGCAGCAACAGACGACGCCCACACAUUCCACGCCCACACAUGAGGUUAAGUAUGAAGAUCCUCCACCCGUGCCAAUCGUCGCCGUGCAGCAACAGCAACAGACGCCCAUCCAGCAUCUGCCCGCCCAGCAACAGCAACAGCAGAUUCCAACAACUCCAGUCAGUGGAGCUCUCAGCCCUGCACAGACUCCCACUGGACCCGCCUCUCAACAGCCUCAGCAGCAUCUCACAUCUCCUCACAACCGGCAACAACAAUCGCAAAACCAGCAUCAGCAACAGACUCCGAACAGCGUCGUCAGUGGCGCGCCGUCAAGUCUUCAGCAACAGCAGCAGCAACAGCAACAACAACAACAACAGCAGCAACAGCAACAACAGCAACAGCAACAAAAUCCGACAGUCGCGUAUGGGCAAUCUCAAAUUAUUGCGCCGACAACGGCGAGUGUCUCUCCCUCCAGUGUUAGUUCACAGGCGCCAGAUAACAUGUCCAUCAUAGCGCCUCUACACAUACCCGCAAUAAGGCCAGGUUUUGAAACGGACGCAACGACGGCCGUAAAACGGCAUGCGCCCUGGGCCUACGAAAAUGAAAGCUUCAACCAGUACAACCCUUACUAUCCUCUGGACAGAGAGCGCAAGCCAGUGUUCUACAGCUAUCCAGACACCCAGUUUCCGGUAAGUUAUUGGAACUACCGCGAUCAGACGACCUCCGCCCCUGGGAUCUAUAUGAACGCCACGGACGAGCGUCAUGCAAAUGUGGGCGCAGCAGCGGCAGCGGUGGCAGCAGCGCGACAGUCGGUGGAGGGCACCUCGCAGUCGAGCUACGAAACGCCCACCUACUCGUCGCCAGGUGGGCUGCGCGCUUACCCUAGCGAGGCCUAUUCGAGCACAGGGACUUCUGGGGGUCUGCCAGUGGGCGCUGUGGGUCCGUGCACUCCGAAUAAUGCAAUGCACGAUGCAUGGACCAGUCAGGUGGCGGUGCGGAAAAAGCGCAAGCCAUACUCGAAAUUCCAGACGCUGGAACUGGAGAAGGAGUUCCUGUUUAAUGCAUAUGUCUCCAAACAGAAGCGCUGGGAGCUGGCCCGAAAUUUGCAGUUGACCGAGCGGCAGGUUAAGAUCUGGUUCCAAAAUCGUCGUAUGAAGAACAAGAAGAAUUCGCAGCGUCAGGCCAAUCAGCAGAACAAUAACAACAGCUCCAGCAACAACCACAACCAUGCACAGGCCGCCCAGCAGCAUCACAACAACCACCAUUUGAACUUGGGCCUGAGCAUGGGGCACCAUGCUACCAAAAUGCACCAGUGACCUUUGGACAACAGCAGCGCCGGCGCCAUGGGCUUUGCCUCCUACUAGCAGUUAGCCAAUACCAAUCCCAUCAAGUGCGAAAUGGCCAUGGACUUUCAAUGUUGAAGAAUGCAUUUAGAAAGAUUAUACUUAGUGGCUCUGUGCACAUGUACAAAACUGUCCAGAUGUUAGAGAUCGAAGCCCAAUCAAGAUGAGCAAACUGUCGCAAGUUGGAAAGGAAGGAGCCCUGUACUGCGCUGGCGUCGCUGUUCCGAAUGCGGAUGUCGUAGAGACGUAGGCGGACGGAGAAGAGUUAAAACUUAUGUCUAAUGAAAUGCACCUAAAUGAUAAGUCAGUAAACCUUAACUUAAAAGAAAUACAAUUUAAAUUAUAUAUGUA